AUGAUUGCAUGGAUCCCGACCGCUCGCCAGUCCCAAAGAUGUAAACAGUUGCCGUCGUAUCUUUCUUCCCUCUUCUCCGCACCACCAAUGCCGCCCAUGGCCUCCCUCGAAUCUCUCCGCCAUCUGGUGCAGACGCACCCUAUCAUCGACAACCAUGCACACAAUUUGCUGAGUCGUGAUGUGGCUUCCGACUACGAUAGCUACCCGCUUGAAUCCAUCACAUCCGAAGCCCACGGUCGCGCGCUGGAAAAUGCCCGCACGACCCUGCCACUUCUCCGCGCCACCAACCAGCUCGCAGGGCUUUACGGCACGCCUUGUGCAACUUGGGAUGAUGUACUCGCAGCACACAGUCACUGGGUCGAAAAUGACUACGACGCCUUGAUCCGCCGCAGCCUGGAAGGCACGCAGGCUCUGCUCCUGGACGACCUGCUCAGCGACGAGGAUGUCGAGUCCUACGACUGGCAUGACCAGUUCACCGUCUCUGCGACGAAGCGCAUCGUUCGCAUUGAGGCGAUUGCGGCCACCGUCAUUGGGGAUCUGAUGAGCACUGAGCGUAAGGAAGGCGAAACGGUGUGGAGCAAAUUCCGUCAGCAGUUUCUGGGUGCCAUCGAUCGCGCCAUGGACGACCCAGCCGUGGUCGGUUUCAAAUCCGUAGUUUGUUAUCGUACUGGUCUAGAUGUUGAUCCCUUCUCGGGCGACGAGGAUUUGUUGACCGCUUCGUUGCAUCGGGUGCUUGAUUCGGGCACUCGAAGGUCUGGCUACCGCGUUGAAGAAAAGCCGCUGAAUGACUGGUUGGUUCAGCAGACUCUCAAGGCUAUUUCAUUCAAAAAGAGGGCUGGUGUUGUGAAACCUAUGCAAUUUCACACGGGCUUGGGAGACAAUGAUAUCAGUCUUGUCAAAGCUAACCCGGCCUACUUGCAGCCUUUGAUCGAACAGUACGAGAAUGCAGAUAUCGUGCUGCUGCAUUCUGCUUAUCCCUUUACGCGCGAGGCGGGAUAUCUGGCUUGUGUGUACCCGAACGUCUACCUUGAUCUCGGUGAAGUGUUUCCUAUGGUCAGCCGCGAGGCCCAGGAGAAGAUUCUGCGGGAGAGCCUCGAGAUCACACCCACCAACCGACUGCUGUGGAGUACGGAUGGCCAUUAUCACCCCGAAACUUACUGGUUGGCGAACAAGCAAUUUCGACAAGCUCUUGAGAAGGUUAGGACUGCCACUUACCCAAAGUAA